AUGCCUCCAAAAGCGCGUUCUGCUGCCAUUCACCUCGGCAUCGCUCGUUCUGCUCCUGGGCGACUCGACAUCGGCUCGCUCACAUUGCAAGAUUCAUCUGUUGCGACCCCCAUCGUUGAGCCCCAAGCUGCCCACCCCAUCAAACCUCCUGUGGUCGAGAUUACCAAAGUUGAAUUCGACUCUCUUGGGACCUUCUGCCAUUUCUGCUCGGAUGUGUGCGAUACAAUGACAUCCUACUUGUGCGUCAAAUGUGGCGCCGUUAUAUGUGACCAAACACGGCCAGGCGGAUCUGGAUGCAUUGGCCAUGACUCGGUGCCUAAGAAUUGGGAGUUCCUGUGCCCACUGUGUGCUAGAAAGGUUGAUGGAAAGGAAAGGAGCUUGCCUUACAAGGUAAUCGGCUAUGGGAUGCGCAAGAGGGAUUCGAUGAAGGACCACUAUCUGAAGCUCCUGAUUAAUCUUGACCUCGUGACCCAAUACAAACAAUCUUCUGCAAAUCUGACCACCGCCACCCUAGUCAUGAGGGCAGGGGCUCAUCAGCAACAAUCGCGUAUGUUGGAGACCCCUUCGAACUUUAUCACCACCUCCGUCUCUGAAAACGUCCCCAGCAAUACCUUUGUGAUCAUGGACACUCACUCCGAUGAGUACACCGGUAUGUUGCAGCAUACCGGUGGGGCUUCCGGAGGGACCAACACCACGGCUGCAGAAAUCAUACAAGCCUACCUUGGGAGGAUGAGUCGGUGGAGACCACCGCCAUGGGCGGCACGCCAUGGUGGCGAUACCACACCAAAGGCGAGGGGUGGACGACGGGGACUUAUCCUUGUCACUUGUGGGCCUGCCAUACGGGUCAGUCAUCACUUUGACUCACUGCUGAAACUGGUGAAGGACGACACCUUUGAUUUCGUCAUUGGAUUUGGAGGAGCCUCGACCCUCCCUGUGAACGUUGGCCCCAUGGUUCAAGCCUUUGUUCGCAAUGCUACACUGUUCGGAAUACCGGAUGUCUGGGACUCAUUGUGCGAAUUGCUCGCCUCCAGUCCAGAUGUUUUGGACCACAACACUGUUGUGAUCGUCUAUGGCUCAUAUGUGGAGGGGAAGCGCAUAGUUGAGAGCAGAGAGAUAAGCAAGCACCGUCCUCCGUAUCGUGCGUUUGGUCAUGAGUUCAGUGCAUGUGCAAAGGAGGGCUGCCGUCCCGCGGUAUCGGAUAACCGGGUGGCAACAAAGAAUGGCAAGGUUCGCAUCACCUGUGCAAAGUGUGAAUGGACAUCCGCCUGGGUGGCUAUUGACAAGGACAACGAGUAUUUCUUCCGCGUCAAACCUACCAUUGCUCCAAUGCUCUUCUGGCAUCACUUCCCCCCGUCUUCUGGACUCAACAACUUUUUCGUGAACGCCACGCGAGCCCCCGAUCGAAAGGACUCCAAGGGAAAGAAAGGACAGGAGGCCAAAGCUGAAGCAUCCACUCGUCGCUCUGCAAAACGCCAGAGGUCAUCAUCGAGUUCGGAAGGGUCAAGCAGCGAUAGCAACGAAGGGUCCCCUAUGACAUGUGAAUGA